GGCGGAGUGAGCCGGAGAGGCAGUUCGACUUCGCUGCCAGAGGAGGAGGACCGCAGCUGGCCCGGGAGCAGGCAGCCACACCAGGCUAGUUCCUGUUUUGGCAACCCGGUGAAAAAUUGUCGGAUACUCUUAAGUAGAAACAUAACUCUGACAGAGAAGUUGAAAAUGUUGCAGGGAAACUCUACCUCGGAAGAAAGUGUGGAAGAGGGGGGAUCUGGUAAAGAUCUCCAAGAGAAAUGCCUAGCAAUUAUAUCUCCUGUUACACCUGCCAAGCUUUGCUCCUGCAUCCUGAUUAUCUUUAUACUUGUGGCUCUAAAUGUGGUGACGCUUUCCGCUCUUGUGGCAGCGAGAAGCAGAAAGCCAGACUUAAAAGUUCUGUAUGUCACCUGCCCAGAAGGAUGGAUUGGAUUUGGGAGUAAGUGUUUUUAUUUUUCUGAAGAAUCAAAGAAUUGGACAUUCAGUCAGACAUCCUGUACUAAAAUGGAAGCUGUUCUUGCUCAGUUUGAAAUGGAGGAGGAGCUGAACUUUCUGAAAAGAUACAAAGGCCCUUCUGACUAUUGGAUUGGCCUUAGCAGAGAAUCAUCACAUCAUGCUUGGAAGUGGACAGACAACUCUAAAUAUAAUGCCUCGUUCGUCAUCACAGGCGAUGGGGAACGUGGCUACCUAAAUGACCUUGGAGUUAGCAGUGCCAGAAGUUAUACAGAUAGAAAAUGGAUUUGCAGCAAACAAAUCAUGUCCUUAAAUUCUUCAAGGCCUUAUUAGGGAAUUUCACACACCAUCCGUAAGAGAUGCAUUAAAAAUUGUUUUUAUAUAAACAUUUUAUAAAUGUUUAUAUAUACAUUGUAAACAGUUGCUCUAUUGCUUGCUCUGCCAAAAAUAUCAAUAUUUAUUUAUAGUGUUUGUUAACCGCAUAGAAGCAAGCUAUACUUGAAUGAGAUAGGGAUUUGGAAGUGAGAUUCUAAAUUAAGCAGGUGUUAAAUAAUAUGAGUUGACGUUUAUGUUUGAACCCAUAAAUAUGAAAGAAUUCCCUUUUUUCCAUACAAACAGCACUUUAUUUGCACACUUGGGACCAUAAAAAUAACUAUGAUAGCUAAAACUAUGCACAAUUAUUUUAAUAACCAAUGAGAAAUGUUACAAUUGGUUAACACAUUCAAAAUUCCCUUACUGUCAGUUCCAAAUGUACAUGGUCACUGUUUUUGGACUUCCCUGGUGGCACAGUGGAUAAAAAUCUGCCUGCCAAUGCAGCGGACAUGGGCUCCAACCCUGGUCCAGAAAUAUUCUAUUCCCCACACAGCAGCUAGGCUCUUGUGCCACAACUACUGAGCCCGCUCUCCAGAGCCCGUGAGCUACAACUAGGAGCCCGAGGGCUGCAACUACUGAAGCCUCAGCCUAGAGCCUGUGCUCCACUGCAGGGGACAUCAUCACAAGAAACCCACACACUGCAGCGACAGCCCAGUGCAGCCAAAAAUUAUAAUUAACUAAUUACAUUAAGCAAACACAUCUAUAGAGAAGUUUCUAACACUACUAAGACUAGGGACUUCCCUGGUGGUCCAGUGGCUGAGACUCUGCUGCCAGUGCAAGGGGACUGUUGGAUCCCUGGCCAGGAAACCAGAACUUGCAUCCCGCAAACAAGAGGUCCCACUUGCGGCAACUAAAGAUUCCACAUGCUGUACAACAAAGUGAAUCAGAUGUACCUCAUGUGGAAUCUUUAGUUGUGGCAUGUGGGAUUUUGCUCCAAUAAUAAUAAAUUAUCCAUUUACCACAAUAAGUAAGAAAUGAAAGAAAUCAUAAAAUUGGGGAAAAAAAAACACAACAACUAGAUUUUACAUGCUGAAAGGAAUAUCAAAGAUCCCACAUGCUGCAACUAAGAUCUGGGGCAGCCAAAAAAAUUUAAAAAUUACUGACUAAUUUUACUUUAAACUUUGUAUUUUAAGGCAUUAGAAAUACUGUAAAGGUGCCUUUUCACUUUAAUUCUCAGCGUUUCUGUUUUAAAUUACAGUGUGCUGAGCAAAUAUUAUACCUAUAAACAAAUACCUACCUGUUUUUUACACUUUAUUGGAUUUUUAAAAUCCUGCUUUCACACCAUUUAAAUCACAAAUAGUGAAUUACCUCCACUCAUUACCGAGUGAUACCCAAUCUCACAAAUGUUUAUGUGCGAUUGAGUUUUAGAAACAGAAUGCACAUAAUACACUAACAUAGCUUAAGGCAAACAUUUCUGUAAGAAAAAUGCAUUGGUUAGCUCAAGGUUUGAGAAAAGUUAAGUUCAGGUGGAGCCAGGUGUUGUCAUGGCAACACAGAAUUUUAAGAAAAACCUCCUUUUAAAUUUAUAUAGAGAAAGGGAAGAAAUCUAACACUUGUUUGUUUCCUCCUGCUGCUUAAGAGAGAGAUAAAAAAUGUCUGACACUUGCAGCCUAUUUCCUCCAUUUGGAGACCCCUGGCCUUCCUGCCUGUUACCCUCUCAUUGUGACCUUUAUAAAUUACUUCAAAGCAGAGGUACUUCACAUGAAAAAUAAAUAGAUCACCAGUUUCACUGGCUAGUUGAAAGAUUCAAAUGAGGUAACUGAUGAAAUUCUCUUGUUACUCUAUUUGACUCUAAAUAUUUAACACAUAGUUUUUCUUUCAUCAUUGCUUAUGGAAAUAAAAGUAAAAAUAGUGCCAAUAACAUUUUGUGUUAUUUUUUUGUGGUGGGUGUUAGAUCAGCAUCUAAUUUGGGUGUAUGUGUGUGUAUGAUUAACUGUUCAAGUGUCAUUUGUUGAAAAGACUUUUUCUCCGUUGUAUUUGUUGUACCCACAUGUUCUGGGAAACAAAUUCACUCAGAAGUACAAUGCAGAUAGUGGAGUGCAGUUUAUAUACACUGGUGGGCCCAAGGCAGAGUCUCCUCUUAGCCAGGGACCCUGACCAGUUUUUGUGAAAACCUUAUAUACCCUAAGUGUACGUGCUCAAACCCACCUCCCCAAAUUCCUUGAAGCUAGUCUGGACAAGAUAAAAGAGAGAUAAGAUCAAAGUUAACCCAUGGUUGAUGUGUCAUAAGCCUAGAUAGUUAAACAGUGAACAUUUAUCAAUAAGCCUGUGGUCAUACCCCAAUAAGCGUAAUAGUAUUUAUGACUUUGUUCUGUUACAGAGAUAAUUAACAUAAUCUUUUAGGCAAUGGAGAGUCUAGGUACAAGUCCUGAGGCUCCUUCAUCGGGGUCUGGUUUUCCAUUGGUAUGUCAUUUCCAUAGAUACUGGGCAUAUAGCUCAAAGUCCACAGUCCAGCCCAAGAUGUAGUCCUGCUUUCAAGAUGGAGCCUGUUCUGUUUCCUCCUUCAUAUUGCCUUUGCUGGUUGGUCCAAUUUCAGUCAACUGCAUUUACGAGGGUCUAUUUCUGGUCUCUCUAUUUUGUCCCAUUGAUCUUUCAGCACACUAACUUGCUUACUGUAGCUAGAUAGUAAGGCUUGACAUUGAAUAGGGUCUGUUCCCCAAUUUUCUUCUUCAAUAUUGGGUUGGCUAUUCUGGGUAUUAUGACUCUUCAUAUAAACUUUGGAAUUAUUUUGCAAAUCUAUAAAAUGACUUGCUGCAUUUUUAUUGUGAGUAUAUUGAACCUAUAGAUGAUGUUGUAAAGAACUGACAUCUUGAAAAUAUUCUGUUUUUCUACCUAUAAACAUGGAGUAUUAGUUGAUUUAAAUUAUUUGAUUAUGUUUACCUGAGUUCUGUACUUUUCCUCAUAUGGAACUUGUACACAUUUCGUUGGACUUGUACCUAAGAGUUCAAAAUAAAUGGUAUUUUGUUCUGAA